GGUGAGCCUGAAAGUUAUCUGCUCAUACCUCUAGACUUGGCCUUUAAGGGUCACCAAGCGCUGCGAGAAGCUGAGAGCAAAUCAUCACCGCUGAACUGGGAAAAGAGGAUCAUUUGGACACGGAAAAAGACCAUCCAAAUUACCAUGAAGCCGACAUGUCUGCUCAUCUUGGCUUCUUUCUUGGUCUGCACCUUGACGAUUUCUACAGGACAGAGCUUCCCCGCUGAGGAUGAGACGGACCAAAGGACCACAGACGACAUCGUACUACAGAGAGCAGAGAGUCUCUUGCUACGGGCAAUUCUCAGAAAGAUGCAGGAUGAAGACGGUAGAUACGAGGGAUUUUCUUCUCAACCCGAGUGGGUAACUAAACGUCAGCAUCCCGGCAGAAGAUUUAGCGAGGAUUUGGAGAAGCGGCAGCAUCCGGGGCGGAGAGAAGACGACGAGGAUGAACAGUACUUGGAUGUUAAAAAGAGACAGCACCCUGGCAAACGCGAAGACGAAAUGCACUCGUUCAUAGAGUUCCAAAAAAGGCAGCACCCAGGAAAGCGCUCCACGAUGGAACACAUUUCUGAAAACCCCUUUAUAGUCCUGAGUGAACUUUCGAAAAGACAGCAUCCAGGCAAACGAUACCUGGUGCUUCACAGCAAACGUCAGCAUCCAGGUAAGCGCUAUUCCUUGGAUGAGGAUGGAGAAGGAGAGUCUGAUGCCGACGGAGAUGAAGACCUUCCAGAGUUGGAAAAACGCCAACAUCCAGGAAAACGCUUUUGGGAUAACUCGAAUCCGGAAAUAGGAACCAACACUCCGUGUGAUGUAUUGGACCCCACGAGCUGCAGCAAAACCAGUUUGUUGCUUGAUUUUUUAGACAACAUUAACAUGAGUCAUGUUGAGGAGAAGCGACAACACCCGGGUAAAAGGUUUGCACCCGACGAGGAUUUAGUGGAAGGAGAGUAGUUGAAUCAAAAGAGGGUCUGGUGUGCGCUUAGCCUAGUGCUGUAUUGUAAAGAAAAUAAAUGUGUAAAUUAAGUGAACAUAAUAAAUUAUUAAAAAUGAAAAAAAUCGAAAUCAUUUAACCUUUUGUGCCACAGUUUUUCUUUGGCAGUUUGACAGUCAGUCUACUGUUUCACCAUCACAAAUGACCUGCUUUUUGUGUUUCUUUGGAGAGCUUGUGCAGAAACUAGAACUGUAAAUACGUUGAUCAUGUUCCAUUACUGUUCGUUGGUUAAAACAAUAAUAAUUAAUAAUUCAUUUAUGUAGUUAAUGAGGCUACACCUGCUGCCACAAAGUCCAAGGAUGAAGCAUUCAUCUACUGACGGUAGCGAUGUUGCCUCUGUGAGGUAACACACGCUUGUCAGUAAAGCAAUGCUUAAAGAAUAAAUGAGUGGCUCUGUUUACACUUAUGCAUAGAUCAUAUCUUCAUUGAUUGAUUUGUGGUUUAUUCUUUUUUACUUAUGUAAAAUAUAAUGUUUACCACAGCAAAUAAA